ACAAAAGAUCGUCAAGGAAGCGCCGUUACAAGGCAAGGCUUCCCGACCGAUACCAGACCAAACCAUUGGGAGACACGGGUCGGAGCACUAUUAGAGAAAGGCGCUGCCGAUGCAAAGGCCUGAUGCAGAAGAAAUUCUUGUCACCUGUAGCAUAAAGAUCAAGAUCAAGAUAAUUGUUUACAUUGUUUACGGGAGAGGACAAGACGGUGGAGCAUGUGAUGUUGGAGUGUGUGAAGUAUGCCAGAGACAGGUAUUCGCGAAACAAAAAUGAAGAAAAGGAAAAAGAAGAACGGCCCUGAGAGAGGAUAUCAGCUGUUGUUGCCGCUGCAACAUACAGUGACUACCGGGAUCACUAAGAGAAAGACUGAGUUGUCCUACGUUGGUCGUCCUAGCGGGCACGAGACGACAGUGUGUGUGUGGGGCAGCCAGCUCCUGCUUGAGGGAGGUGCCAGAGGCUCCACCACAGACAAAGAGUGUGGAGAGGCCUUCUUCUUCCUCCUUGGUUCCACCUGACGCCUCACCACUCGCCUCACCUCCAUUGCUUUCACUGGUGGCAUCUGUUGUAAGAUCAUUGCCAGCUGCACUGUCUUCAGCAGCAAUGCUUGAGCUGCCAUCCUGGAGGAUGGGGCAAAAUGUCAUGAUUUCAAUAAAAUUAUAACCCAAA